CCGAUCUAGGGCUUAAUCCAAAUCUUCCAUGAGUCUCCCGUACUCUGGUGGCGGCGGUGGCAGCGGCGGCGUCGGCGUCGGCGGGAGCGGGGUCCGGCCCUGGCCGUCAACCGCAUCCGUGUCGUCGUCAGGGAAGAGGAUUCAGAAAGAAAUGAUGGAGCUCAACGCCGAUCCACCCUCGGAUUGCUCCGCCGGCCCCAAAGGCGAUAAUUUGUACCACUGGGUCGCCACAAUCAUCGGUCCUCCAGGAUCACCAUAUGAAGAUGGAAUAUUUUUCCUUGACAUUACUUUUCCGUGUGAUUAUCCAUUCAAACCUCCCAAGGUGGUUUCCAAAACUCGAAUAUACCACUGUAAUGUUGAUUCAAGCGGCAAUGUAAGUCUGGAUAUACUGAAGGACGGUUGGAGCCCUGCUUUGACAAUUUCAAAGGUGCUGAUAGCCAUCAAAUCAAUGUUCACCAACCCUGAUCCUUAUAACCCUCUGAUGUCCAAUAUUGCUUGCUUGUACGUAACCGAUAGAGCCAAGCAUGAUCAAAUUGCCGCAGAGUUUACCAUGCGUUUUGCCCGGUAAAAGUUGACUGCUUAGGCAUUGCAUCAACUUGUAAUUUCUACUGGAGAGAGAAUAGUGGAUUGGAGUAGAAAUCUCGAGUGAAUGAAAAUUUCUCUUGUAUUGAAUUUUUUUAUAGUAUUUUCAAUUUAUAUUCUGCGCUGUAACAUUGUAGUAUAUGGUAUCCAUUUUUAUCUAAAUAACAUUACGGACAUUAAGGCCUUGUUUGGACGGAUUAAUUCUGCCAUCUGUUUUUCAAAACGGUAAAAUUAUUUUU